AUGUACUGGCCUCAUGGAGUACCCCGGGUCUAUGCGGUCAACGGGCCCGACAUUCCCUAUGUCUCCUCAUACGAAGAUCGUGAAAUCGAUGCCUCCUCUACCAGCGACAGUACCAACCCAUUGAACGAUGACGAGAAUGAUGAAGCUCAGCAAGGAAUCCCGGACACACAGCAAAAUGAGGCGGGCACUGAACCAUCCCCCGACGCGGGCACAUCCAAAUGGGAAGAUGAAACCAUCAAGGGUGUUUGCGUGUCCAGAGCUGGUCAAAUCUUUGCGACAAUGACAGAGACAUCCAUUGCUCUUUGGCAGACCCGACCCACAGCAGUUGUUGCAGCAGUCACUAGAUCCAGGUUCUCCUUGAAUACAUACGGCCCCAAUGUCGACCUUCUCAUGCAUCCGGACUCAACAAUUCUCGUUGUACAGACUCUCAAUGGAUACCUCCUGACAUACUCGGUGGCGUCUGACACAACGACUCCAGUCUACCAGCAGCGAUUCGAUCAUUCUACACAUCAUCGUCGCCAGCAACUGGCUCGCUUUUCAGCGGUUGAAGAAGCUAAUGUGGUUAAGAGCAUCAGCAUCCGGUUCCGAAUGGCCAUCAAGAUCGAAUCGGGGAUCGUCAAGGCGCUGGCGCUGGAUCAAGAACUCGUUGUAGCCACCGUGAAACCAGCGGCCAUACAGUGUAUUCGAUGGACUCCUGAAGCAGGUGGAACACAGACUACAUCGGAGCUUCUGAGCCGCAUACUGGGGAUAUCAAAGAAGGUUUCUAUCGUGGAGAUGGUAUAUGACCGCGCAAUGAACCUUUUAAUAUGGAUUACGAGCAGUGGCCAAGCAUAUGCCGUGCAACGAGAAUCCGGGGCGCAAGAGGAUUCUGAAGCAGCCAAGAAGCUUUUCCACGGACAUUGUUUCCAUGACCCGAAGCAUGACGGUGAUAAGGCAUUGAAGGUGGCAGUGAAUGCUCGCUUUUCUCUGCUAACCGUGAGUUGCACCAACGGCGAAGUCUGGGUCUACACUGCGAAAGAUUACAUGGGCAAUGUUCCCUUUUCACAGAAGCUCCAGCUGCCAGCCUCGCCAACAACGACCGGGUCCUUGUCUUUUAUGAGUUAUUCACCGGACGGAUAUUGUCUGUUUGCAGGCUAUGAACAUGGCUGGACAACAUGGAGUGUCUUUGGGAAACCUGGAGGGAACAGCUUUUCGGCAGACCCUGCGCUGGCAACAACGAAUACAGAAGAUUGGCUGACUGGCAUUUCGAAUGGUUGCUGGAUCGGCGGUGGCUCAGACAUCAUUCUCUCUGGGCAGAACGAUCGCCGCUUGUGGAUUUUGGAGACCGCUCGCAGUGCUUUGACUGGUUGCUUUUCUUCUGCAAACUUGGCCCGAGGUCUGCUGCAGACUGGAACCGAGUUCAUUCUCUAUCGUGGUCACGAUAUGCCGGAUCUUAUGACAAUUUCUGGAAAGGAUUCCCUUUGGCACCAUGCCCAGUAUCCUCCAGCAUAUCUUCAUUCUCAGUGGCCGAUUAAAGCUUGCGUUGUGUCCCAGGAUGGACGAUAUGUUGCAAUCGCCGGUCGGCGCGGCCUUGCCCAUUACAGCGUGAAUAGUGGUAGAUGGAAGGUCUUCGAAGACUCUAAUGCCGAGAACUCAUUUGCUGUGCGAGGAGGGAUGUGCUGGUAUGGUCACAUACUGAUUGCAGCGGUUGAGAGUGACGGCUCAUAUGAGGUGCGCCUUUAUUCGCGCGAAGCUUCUCUCGGCAACGGCAACAAUUCCAUCAUGUUCACUGAAUAUCUCCCAUCACCAGUUGUGUUCAUCGGACCCUCUGGAGAAGAUUCUCUUUUGGUCUACACAUUCGAUAAUAUUCUCUAUCAUUACAUCAUCAAUACAACACACUCCCAAAUUACUCUUGUUCCUGUUGGGCAGAUCGCUUUCAACGGGAUUGUUCGAGCGCCAUCCCGUGUGCGAGCAAUCAGCUGGGUUUUGCCUGAGGAACAAAUGCGAAAUGGCGAUCCAUCUCAAGAUGUCAAAGUCGCAUCGGUGCUUCUCCUUGUGGAUGGCAAUUUGGUUUUGCUGCAGCCCAUGGUGUCCGAAACAGGCGGACUAAAAUAUGACAUGCGCGUGGUAUCUCAUGAUGUGGAAUAUUAUAUUCUGAUGCGCGACCAGCUUUCAUUCAACUUUGCCCCGCAGGUUGAUGAAUCCCUGCCUCCCAGUCCCUCUGCGGGGAUGACACUUGAGCCAUCUCCCAGCAGUUUGUCUCUCAGGGACUCCCUUUGGAUGUUCCGGGGCAAAGACCUGCUCGCUUGGAAUGAUGUACAAGAUGUUUUACAACAAGAGACGGUGCCGGGCCCACUCCACAUUCCCCUUGACUUCUAUCCACUGUCUGUGUUGUUGAACAAAGGUAUUGUGCUCGGAGUUGAGUCCGAGAUGAUGCAACGACGUGAUGUGACAUUCACCGUUUUGAAGUUCGCCAUUCGAACCCACCUUUUCCUGCCGUAUUUCUUACAGUAUGGCCUUACAACCUUUGGAACACCUGCUGCUCUGUCACUAUGCCGCCAUUUCUCUCAUUUGUCCUACUUUGCUCAUGGCCUGGAAAUCUUGCUUCACCACGUCCUGGAUGACGAAGUGGAUAACGAGAGCAAGGCCAGCAAAUCCGACAACCCAGCGGAACGCGAAGAGCCGCUGCUCCCAACCGUUAUUGCUUUCCUCCAAGCGUCCCUCCCCAUCAGGGAAUAUCUUGACAUCGUCGUGCAAUGCACACGCAAAACAGAGCUGCGAUCAUGGCGUACAUUGUUCGCUUAUCUGCCCCCGCCAAAGGACUUGUUCGAACAAGCCUUGAGACUUGACUCGCUCAAAACUGCGGUUGGAUAUCUUCUCGUAUUGCAAGCUUUCGAGGACGAGGAGCAGGGCCACGAUGGGCGCAUCGAGGAAUAUGUCCUCUAG